AUGGCGACAGCAAACGAUGAGGUCCUUUGUGUUAUUUGUGACAGCAAUCAAAAUACAUCGAAAUGUGGUGAAUGUUUUCGUCACUUCUGCAGUUCUCAUUUGAAAAAUCAUUAUCGGGAAUUAAAUGAACGAUUAAUGGAUAUUAAACAGGAUUGCAGUAUUUUUCGACAGUCACUCAAUCAGCAGAGAGCGGCAGAUAACGUUUUAUUAUUGAAUCAAGUUGAUGAAUGGGAGCUUAAUGGUAUCAGCAAAAUUCGAGAAACAGCAGAACAAACUAGAGCAACACUUUUGAAGAGUAAAAGCGAAUACAUUGACGCCAUCGAAAAGGAAUGCAAUCAACUAGAUAAUAAAUUAACAAAAACUUCCUCUGAAGUCCCUAAUGAUACAAGUUUAUAUUUAUUGGAAGAAGAACUAAAGCGACUAAAAAGAAGACUUGUAUUAUUAUCAAAUCUUUCAAUUCAAGAAGAUCCUACAAAAUUCAUAAAUAAAAUUUAUGUCGAUAUCUCUGAUGCAAUGAGUAGUGUACAAGCAAAGCCAACCAUCACAUCCGAAAAAAUAAAAUGGCAAGCACAUGCAGCAAUGUAUGAAAAGAAAUAUUCUCUUGCCAAAGAAUUAUUCAGCCAUGCAUUGGAGCAUGUACCAGAAUAUGCUCCUUAUUUAACUGGCCGUGCUCAAUGUUGUUGUCAUCUAAAUGACGCUGAAAAAGCUUUAAAAGAUUCUUCAAUGAGCAUUAAAGCCGAUCCUUUGUGGCCAGAUGGUUAUCUCUAUAAAGGAAAAGCAUUGGAGAUGUUGAAUCGUAAGAAAGAAGCAAUAGAUUGUUAUCGACGACUCUGUCAACUUGAACCAAAUCAAGAAAAAUACAAGUAUGCUUUUCGACAAUGUUCAGAGACGUCAUCUCCAUCAUCAGAACUCGGCAAAAAAGACGACGAAACAGCUAUCCAUAGUAUUAAAUGCGAUGCAUGCGUAUGUUAUCCGAUUACUGGCAUUCGGUAUAUGUGCGUGAUAUGUCAUGAGUAUAAUUUGUGUGCAAAAUGUCUCAGUUCGAACCCAAAUCACAAAAGGCAUACAGGCGAUCAUCCAUUGGUUUCAGUUAAACAAUCUGAACAAUUUUCACAAUUAUCAUCAAAUUUACUAAGAGCUGAAGCACGUGCACUCCUUUUUGAAGUACAAGCAACUUCACGACAAUCCCGGCAUCAAUACCGUCGGGGAUUGAAUACAAGCCAAUUUGAAUUUCCAGUGAAUAAUUUUAAAAUGAUUUUUUCACGUGGAGCUCUUUAUUUCGGUCUCUUAAUGUUUAUGUUAUUAGCCAUGAUGAAGCUGACUGAUGCAGCUACCAUAGCUAGUGCUAAUAAAGCCAUUGGAGGUGACACUGAUUGCUGUGCGGCCAGUGAAAGCCCAUGCUGUACAUGUCCUGCUGGCAGCUAUUGUAAAUCGUGUGACGGUGAAAGUAGUGGGAAAAGUAUAGGAGCAAGAGCAGCUGGUGCAUCAUCUUCAGCAAAAUAA